CUACGCCACAUUGAUAGAGAGCGCCUCAUACGGGCUGAUGGAGCAUGUAUCAAUCAAAACGACUUGGACGAGAGGGCCGAGCAAGUACGUCUCAUGGGCGAUAUCUACCCCACCGCGCGCCAGACCAUUGUCUUUCUCGGCAACGAAAGCGACGAGAGUUCGGCUGGUUUCGAGAGGAUGAUGUCGUGGUGGGAGUAUUAC